CAGUUUCUAAUUUGAAUUCGCGCCAAUUUCUGCUGCGUGCAAAUCUGUAGAAGAAAUUAAAAUUAAUUCGUUGUUUGUUUAGUAAUUAACCAAGUUUCAAUACAUUGAUGGUGUUUAAAAUAAUUAUAAAUUAACUUAGCGUUCUCUCGAGGUUUUCGAACAGUCUUGUCUAUAGAAAAAACCUGUUUUUUACUGUUGUGAAGAUAUAUAUUUUCUGCUAGUUAACACCACAGCAUACACCAUGUCGAAAGUAAAAUUGCAUUUAAUCGCUGCUGCUUGUGAUAAUAUGGGAAUUGGAGUCAAUGGGGCUUUACCAUGGCGUUUGAAAAAAGAGAUGGCUUACUUCACAACCAUGACCACAAAGGUUUUGGACCCCACCAAGGUGAAUGCGGUGAUCAUGGGCCGCAGAACUUGGGACUGCAUACCAGACAAAUACCGUCCGUUAUCGGACAGAGUGAAUAUCGUGCUGACACACAACGUAGAAAGCGUGAAGGAAAAUGUUCCGGAAGGCGUGGUGGUAGUUCCAGGGCUAGAUGAGGCGGUCAAAUACAUUGAGAGUCGAGAGGACAUCGAGUCGAGCUGGGUUAUUGGAGGCUCUUCUAUUUAUAGGGCGGCCAUGACACAUCCCAACUGCGGUAAGAUUUACCUGACAGAAAUACAGAAGUCUUUCGACUGUGAUACCUUCUUCCCGAACAUAGAUAAGCAGCAGUUUCACCUCGUUGAUGAAGAAGAAGUACCCGGAGAAAGGCAGGAAGAAGGAAACAUUAGCUAUUAUUUUAGAGUUUAUAAGAAAUUGUAAAAAUUGCAAAAAAAGAACUUAAUACCAAAAAUACGCUAAAAAUGGCUGAAUAGGCUGACCUCUCUUACAGGAACAGUUUUUGGAAUACCAAUUAUGUACUUUCUUCUAUGAAAAGUUAGCUUAAGUAAAAUUUGCAUUUACUAGUUGUGUUCAAAAAUAUAUAUAAUUGUUAUUAUCUCUUUCGCUUAGCGUUGUAUUUAAGUUUUGAAAUAUGCACUAUUAAAAACUUUAAUUGUUAUACAAGGUGUUGAUUUACAUUUGUGAAAUAUUUCAGGAGGUAGACAUAAAAUACGUAAAUAAUCGAUUGGAAUUACAGUAAACGGGAAUUGGCUUA